AUGGCGGCGGCGGUGGGGCCGGUCGGGCAGGCCGCGGGCUCGUCGGUUCCGCAGCUACGACGAGGCCGAGGUCGUCGUCGCCGGGACGAGGCCGUCCCCGCAGAUGACGACGGAGACCCCCCGGAGAGCCCUGCGCGGCGCUCGGGCCAGCGGGAGGGCCCCGCCGGAGACCCGGGCCCUCCGCGAGUGAGACAGUUUCAGAUCCAGAACAUACUUUGUGGCUACUUCCUGACCAAAACAGAAUUGCCCAGUAAAAGUGGGCUGGACAAUCUUUACCCCAAUGUUUCUUUGGCAUUCAUUAAGGGCAUCGCUCAGUACUCUUCCUCACUGGCAACGUCUGAAGACACCCCUCCUGUGCCAGCUCAGAAGCCUCGGACUCAGCCGGCACCUAAACCCACGGAGGCUUCCGUGGGAGUGAAGAGACGCAAGCGGAAACGGGUCUUGAAAUCCAGAACUUUUGUGGACGACGAAGGCUGCAUCGUGACGGAAAAAGCCUACGAGAGUCAAUCUUGCACGGAGAGCGAAGAGGACGUCCGCACCAAGCCCGCCGCAGCUCCCAAGGCCCCUGUUGGCCCCCCGAAAAAAGACCCCAAGGAGGAGAAGAGAGGCACCAAGAAAGGGGGGCUGGCCCCUGGCAAGGCCAAUAAGCAGGCCUCCAUCAUGGGCUUUUUCCAAAAGAAAUGACCCUCCGAGGAUUUGCAGGAUUUGAGCGAACCUCUCAUCUCGGAGGCCUGGGAUUUGCUCCGUAGCCGAGGUCUCGGGAUCCAGGCGGUGGGACUUGGGAAGCUUCUGAUUCUGAAAUUAGGCGGGACUCUGGGCGCUGGACGACUUGCACGGGGCAGCCAGGCGCUUAGGAGUUUUCGACCGAAGACCGUACGCCUUCCUCGAUUUUUUUUUAAAGCUUUUAGAGGCUGGUCCUCCACAAAUGGAGGUACUCCACAUCUUGUGCUCAGAAAUUGAACAGCUGUCCCUCCUUCUCAGGGGCGGAUUUGCAAUCCCUUCCUGGAAACGGGGAGGUGGGGCUAUCUUCUCUCUUGGGAGGGGGGUCCUCUUUGGGGCCAUGUUGCCCCCUCGUUGGCAAGAGGUCCGUGGGGUCUCCAGCCUGAAGAAGCCAGCAGAGAUGCCUCCAAGAAGAUCCAGGCGAUCUCCCUUUCAUGAAGCCCCAUAGAAGGCCUCAUGAUCCCGCAGGACUUGUUUCCAAGAAGACCCCCACCCACCCCCAACGAAAUCUCAUCCGCUAGGACUGGCAGCUGGAAACAUCUGGGCCCGCCCUCUUCAAGGAUCUCCACUGCCUAGCCCAGCAAGACCCCUCUGUUCUCCAGGAACAAUGGCCAAGUGGAGAUGGUUGAGGGACACUUUGGUCUUCUAAGAAGGCCGCCUACUGACUACUGAUUCCUUCAACGGAACCCUCCGGAUUCCUCAGAUCUUGCUUUGGAUCCAGGAAAGAUUUGACCCCAGCCUCGGAAAGAUCCCCCAGCAUGGGAAUCAGCCACGGCUGGCUCCCUUUAAGCCCCCUACUCGGAUUGGUCAUUGUGAAUUCUUCAUAAUGAGAAACCUUUCAGGAUUGGCCAGGAGCGCCGUUGGGGUAGAAGAUGCUAACUACCUGCUUCCCAACAUGGUUACACAAACCAGUGGCCAUGGUUCCCCCCCCUCUCCAAAUAAUGUGCCUUUGGCUUGGACCCUCUUUGGGGCGUGGGGGGGGGGGAUGUACAGCAGCCCCUCCCACAAACUGGGAUGAAGAGAUGCGUGAAAAAUUGGCAGUUUUUUUGCUAUUUUGGGGCAGGGUCUGCUUAAGAAAUUGGCCGUUGUUAUCGAAGGAAAACACUUCUGGAUUGAAAGGCCCGACUCCAAAGAAAUGAAAGAUCUACAGAGGCCUCACCUGUAGGUACAACAGCCAGCCCUACUCAGCUGCUUGUGACAAAAAUCACAACUGCCUCUCGGAUUACCAUUUUCCGGCCCUCUGCCGUGUCUCUUCCUUUCCAACUUCUCCAGGAGUUUUCCCAUAAGUGGGUAGUGUUAUUUUCCCAGGUUUUGUCCACGGGAAAAUUAUCUCAAUAGGGGAGAGGAAAAGGAGCGGGAAUUCGGGUCAGAUGUUCCCGGGCUCCUACACCAGGCAAGUGUCGUACAAACACACACACACACAUACCCCAGAUGGGCACAGUUCUAGCGGUCGCUGGGGUGAUUUUUGCAGCCAAAUAACGGUAGUUGAGUUACAGGCCCAUG